UUUUUCCCAUUACGGCACCUUCGCUGGCUUCACUCACGAGGGCGCGUUGGACAGCGAAAAUGGUCAUUGACGCAGUUAACUACUGGGUGUCAAACGGUCAUAAUGCACAUGUGCACGCCGCUCCUGACUUGCGGACGUGACCAAUGGGUCUUGCCAAACAACAUUUAAGCGAGCUUAUGUCGGAAUCGGUUUGUAGCCAUGACGGGCGGUGGGCAGGGCGAAAGGAGGAUACUUGUCUCUCGUCAGCUAGCGGCAGACGAAAGCAAGGCAAGACUGUUGGAGCCCAGGUGCACAGGAAGAUGCUAACAAUUAUACUCCUUACCAUCAUUCUUGGUGUAACGGAGGGGCAGCGACAAGCGCGACCAAACGUCGUUGUCAUCGUGACGGACGACCAGGACUACCUGCUCAACUCCACCCACCCUCGCUACAUGCCGUUGCUGUCGCACCACCUGGCCUCCUCGGGGUUGCAGCUGCGUAACUUCCUGACCUCCACCGCCGCCUGCUGCCCCUCGCGAACCAUCCUCAUGACCGGCCGAUACACGCACAACAACAACGUGACCAGCAACAUAGAACCCGAUGGCAGUUUCUGGAGGUUCAUCGGCCAGCACCUGGACACCAGCUACCUGCCCGUGUGGCUGCAGCGGACGGGCUAUCGUACAAUGCAUGUGGGCAAGUUCCUGAACGCAAUGGACCCCGCCGACGAACGGUUCAGGUGCCCCCGGGGUUGGGACGUGUGGGACGCCCUGGUGGAGCCGUACGUCUACAUCUACAACAACCCCGCGUUCAGCAGAGACUGUGGACCCACGCAGGUCCUCAAGAACAAGUACAGCACUGACGUCAUCGCGGGCAAGGCCGUACAGUACAUCCGGGAAGCCGUACUUGGAACAAACAGUACGACAAAUGCGACAAGUACGGCGACCACCACCACAACAGCGCGGAAGCCUUUCUACCUUCAAGUCACGCCCAUCGCGCCUCACACGCAAUGCGACUACCUAAAUAACAAGGGCGGCUGCACGUUUCCCGUUCCCGCGGCUCGACACAAGAGCCUUUUCGCGGACGCACUGCUCCCCAUGAAUCCCAACUUUGACGAACCACCACCUCCCGAACUCGGGCUUCAAGAUGAGAUUUCCACUCCUGCUGGCGUGCAAAAGCACUACCUGGCUCGGAUUCGAGCGUUAAAAGCGGUUGACGAGAUGCUCGGGAAGAUCAUGGAUACGUUGACUGAGUUGGGCUUGUUGGAAGAUACGUACGUGAUAUACACCAGCGACAACGGUUUUCAGUUGGGGAACCACGCACAGGCCCAAGGCAAGCAGUUCCACUGGGAGGAGGUGGUGCGGGUGCCGUUCUACAUUCGAGGUCCGGGCAUCCCCGCCGGCUACGUCAGUGACUGGCAGGGCAACAUGGUGGACGUGGCUGCCACCGUGAUGGCUCUGGCGGGGGCGCAGGUACCUGCGAUCGCCGAUGGCACCCCCAUUCCUUUCCAUGACCUGCUCCCCAAUUUUGUCUACCCCUACGGCGGCAGCAGCAAUGGUACAGCCAACAGCAGUAGCACCAGCAGCAGCAACAACAGCAAUAGCACCGGAGCUUCACCACCUUCCUCGUCUCGGCCGCUACCCCAAUCUCCACCAUCACCACCAUCACCGUCACCCUCCGCAACACAACCCUCCGUAACCGAGGCGCCGGAGGUAGUGGGUGACUGGGGAGCACUGCCGCCGGCGUCGCUGUUGGGGGGUGAGGAGAGGAUGACGGGUCAGCCGCCGGUGGCACUGCUACCAGAGGAGAGCAUGGGCUUGGCUGGUGGUGGUGGAACGGCAACGGCCGUGGACUUGACAGCGGCGAAGGAAGCUGAUGAGGUGGUGGAGGCAGCAGCAGCGGAUGUAAUAAUGCUACCACAGCAGCAGCAAACAGCUGCACCAUCUACAAGUGCGGCAGCAGCAGCAGCAGCUGGGCGAAUGCUGCUUUGGAGGAGCUGGUUUGGUCAAGCUCGCAGCAGCAAGCCCUCUUCCGACCACCAACCCCACCGCCCUUCCAGCAGCACAAGCCUGCGCCAACGUCAUCUCAUCACCACGCCACAAGCUGCUGCGGCCGCCGCCGCUAGCGACACGACCUCGUCAUCAUCAUCAUCAUCUAAUUCCUCUUCCUCGUCGUCCUCCUCCUCUUCUAAUUCCUCCUCCUCCACUCUCUCAUCCUAUUAUGCCGCCGUGUCUUCCUCCUCAUCGCCCGCAGCGGGUUACAGCCGUGGCCUCAGGGAGAUGAUGCCCAUUGAGAUGUGGGGCCACGCCUGGGACAAGCGCAUCACGCUCAAGGACUAUCGGGCGGUGCGCAUCUGCACCGGCCACCUGGCGUUCGGGGACGUGGGGGAGUACCGGGGAGCCCUCAUCAAUGGCACGCUGGGUUGGGGCGAUACGUUCUACGGCAGUACGACACGCGCGCUUGCAGGACCGGGUUUAUACGGCGGAAUCAACAUGUACAACUACACACCUCCGCCGGAGGAUGGAAGCAGCGGCGGUACGAACGACGAUUACUCAUUACCUGCCGUACGACACCGUUUAUACGAGGAAGAACAGGAUCUGGAUCUGGGACUUGGUCCUGGAUUUGAUUUGGGUCAUCGAAGCAUGGCGGCUAGGACGAUAGAAGCGCAGUUGGAGGAUCAUGUGGCUCGAAUGGCGGAAGCCGUUAGGAGGAGGUUGUCGGUGCGAAGAGACCUGGAGGGCGAAGGCGGCAGUGGCAGCAGCAGCAGCAGUGAUUCAGCAGCAGCAACAGCAGGCGCUUACGCUGCGACUACAACGGUCCCUGAAAGAACAGCAGCAGCUGCAGGUGCAACAAGGUCAUCGACAGCGCUGCAGACAUCAUACACUUUGCAGCUUUCCUUCGGCUAUUCAGAGCCCAUGGAUACAGACAGGUGGACCGAUCAGCUGGACUCCACGUGCGUCUACCUGGGGGCGGCUACCGGUGCCGUACAAUGCCUUCCCAUUGCUGGUGCUACUGCUGCUACAGCUACAGCUGCGUCUUCUGCUGACGCUGCGACCGGGGCUUCCUCGGAAACAUAUCUGGCUUCCGAUGGCUUGUCGAGUCGUGCAACGUUGCUGCUGGGAUCCGCGAGCCCGGGGAUUCCGACAGCUGACUUUGAGGCGGCGGUCUCCGAUGUAGUCCGAGGUAUCAACCACUUCCUCCCCUUGCCGUACCGAAACCACAAUCACAUAACCCACAUAACCGCCACACUCGGCGCCGUACGACAUCCCGACGGCAGCAGCGUCAUCGGCGGCAGCGGCAGUGGCGGCGGCGGUACGGCUACCAGUCCUGGCGGUGCCCUGUCGUACCGACGCGUACUGCAGCAGCAGCAACAACAGCAGCCGGAGGAGCCGUCGUCAGAAUCUGAUGUCGCAGAGCAGUCGCCGCCGGCACUCCCGCCGCCGACGCUGCCACCAACACCGCCGCCGCCCCCCAAGACCAAGUCACCGCGACCGCCGCCGCCGCCGCCAAAGCCGCCACGGCCUCCCAGACCGCCGCCGCCUCCACCCAAGUCACCGCCUCCGCCUCGUCCGUCGCCGCCGCCUCAGCCUUUGCCACCGCAUUCACCGCCCAACCUUCCGUCGUCACCGCCGCCGCCAUUGGCGCCGCAAACUCCCCCGCCGCCUAGUCCCCCACCGCCGUUGGUACGACAGUUGCUGUUGACGGUUGAAUACUCUACGCCGCUUGAUCCUGGCCGGUUUCCAGUGCAGCAGCGCUCUACCUGCUUUUUCCUGCGCGUCGCCACCUCGUCCGCCUCCUGUGUGACGGCCGCCUCCUCUUCCUCAUCCCCUUCCUCGUCCGGUGUCUACGCGGUUCUGUCGCCGGACGGGCUCUGGAGCUCCUUCACGUUGACUCUGACGCAGGGCACCUCCGUGAGCGCCGAGCAGUACGAACAGCUGAUUCUCCAGCUCCAAACCGACACCGCUGCUUACCUAGGGGAAGAUUACCGCACGCUGUACGGCAUCGCAAACGUCGCCUUAACCAUGCCAUCGCCGCCGCCGCCACCCUCGCCGCCGCCGUCGCCGUCCCCGCCUCCACCCACGCCGCCGGAUCCGCCCUCACCCUCACCGCCGCAACCAUCACCACCACCCUCACCGCCGUCACCUCCCUCGCCGCCGUCGCCUCCGCUACCCGUUGCCAUGCUUACGGCUUUAUUGCCCGUUGGGUUUAUCUUCCAUCCCUGGGUGCUCCCAGUGGUCCAAGCUGACUUCUCCAGCUACCAAACGGUUCUGGGCCCAACUGCCUGCAAACGGUUGGUUGCGGCGGUUGCACCGUUGGCGGUUGCAGAUUGCGAGCUGCUCUCGGUGGACAUAGGUUAUGACCCACGGGUCGAUAUUCCUCGUGUGGCCAUUUUUGGGUUGGUUGCCGUCGACGUGGAGGAAGUGCCUGCCUUGCAGGUGGCGGCUGAGAAGGUACGACAAUCUCCGUCAGAGGUUUUCGCACCCAUCAUGACCUCGAUGGGGCUUAUCGGGGUCGUCCCAGCAACAGUACCCCCGCCAUCACCGCCGUCGCCGCCGCCGUCGCCACCACCGCCGCCACCCAUGCCUCCGCGUCCGCCCUCACCGCCCCCACCGCCCCCCCGUCCGCCCUCGCCACCGCCCAUGCCGCCGCCACCCUCGCCAUCCCCACCGCCGUCACCGUCGCCGCCGCCUCCCUCCCCUCCCCCACCUCCGCCGCCGCCACCGCCACCGCCGCCAUCACCCUCUCCGCCGCCCUCGCCGCCGCCCUCGCCGCCCCCGCCCUCACCACCACCGCCGCCAUCACCAUCGCCGCCCCCGCCCUCACCGCCUCCUCCCCCGCCACCACCGUCACCGUCGCCGCCGUCUCCUCCUCCGCCGCCCUCGCCACCGCCUUUGCCGCCACCACCCUCGCCGUCACCGCCGCCGUCACCUUCGCCGCCACCGCCCUCACCGCCUCCGCCUCCGCCGCCCCCACCGCCGCCACCUCCUUUACCGCCGCCGUCGCCGUCGCCCCCGCCUCCCUCUCCUCCACCCCCGCCGCCAUCGCCCCCGCCCUCCCCACCCUCACCCGCACCACCACUACCGUCGCCCCCUCCUCACCCACCCUCGCCACCUCCACCCUCACCUUCGCCGCCGCCGUCGCCGCCGCCACCACCUCCCUCACCGCCGCCGCCACCACCGUCACCGCCUCCUCCUCCACCUUCUCCAUCGCCUCCGCCGCCGUUACCGCCUCCGCUGCCGCCCCGGCCGCCGCCACCCUCCCCUACACCACCGCCUCCAAGGCCACCCUCGCCCCGUCCUCCAUCUCCUUCGCCGCCGCCACGGCCACCCUCGCCACGGCCUCCGUCCCCUCCACCAUCACCCCGCCCGCCGUCGCCUCCGCCGCCACCCCGGCCACCAUCGCCUCCGCCGCCGUCGCCGCCUCCGCCGCCUCGGCCGCCCUCUCCACGUCCCCCAUCUCCUACGCCACCCCCUCUCCCGCCGUCACCGCAGCCCCCAUCUCCCUCACCGCCGCCUCGACCUCCGUCACCCCGACCGCCAUCUCCAUCACCGCCGCCGCUGCCGCCGUCGCCGUCGCCACCAACCCCUUCCCCACCGCCGCCGCCAUCCCCUCCACCACCACAUCCACCGGGCCCGCCGCCGCCCUUGCCGCCAAGCCCGCCGCCGCCCUUGCCGCCGAACCCGCCUCCUCCGUCCCCGCCGCCGCCACCAACGCCGCCACCAACUCAAACACAGCUGCCGCCGCCGCCACCGCUGGCACCGCAUCCGUCCGCGCCUUCGCACCCUUACUUCCCCGCACCGCCGUACCCAAUGCCCUCAACCCCCCCGCCGACAUAUCCCCCGACGUACGGCUCGCUCCCGCCCCCUCCUGGCUAUCCGUACACUUCUCAGCCCCCGCCACCGUACACCUCACAGUCACCGCCAGGGUAUUACGCCAUGCCGCCGUCGGCUGUGUACGACUCACCGCCACCCUGGUACGGCUUGCCGUCGUACACACAGCCGCCGCCGUACGGUCCGUUGCCGCCACCCCUCUACCCGCCUCCGCCGCCAGGAUACCCGGCGGCGCCGCCACAUCUGCCGCCGCAAGUGCCAUACCCGCCAUCACCGGCCCCGUCGCCUCCGCCACCACCACCCUACCCGCCGUCGCCGGCGCCGCCAACGCCCAGCCCGCCAUCUCCCUACCCGCCGUCGCCAUCGCCGCCGCCGCCGCUGCCGCCGUCACCAGACCCCCCCUCACCCCUGCCGCCAUCACCCCAGCCUCCGUCUCCGCUGCCACCGUCCCCAUCGCCGCCGUCACCCGAGCCGCCAUCGCCUUCGCCGCCGUCACCGCCACCCCCAUCACCGCCUCCAUCCCCACCCCCACCGUCACCAUCCCCACCCUCACCCCCACCGUCACCAUCCCCACCCUCACCCUCUCCGCCACCACCCUCGCCCUCACCCCCGCCGCCGCCACCGUCACCGCCGCCGCCAUCGCCGCCGCUGCCCUCACCGCCGCCUCCCAGGCCUCCUCUUGUCCUGCUCCUAGAGCUCUACUUCACAUACAACCAAAGCAUGGACGCGGCCCGUUGGCGCACUCAACAGGGCUCCACGUGCAUCUUCUUGAGGGGCGCCACCGCGGCUGCCGCCUGCUCCGCUAGCGGGGCGUACCUAUCUGAGCAGGGCGAUGCGAGCUCGUGCAGGAUUUCCCUGACGCAGAGUCUGAGUAUACCUGCGCCUGCGUUUCUACAACAGGUGCAAGCCUUCACCCAGAUGCCAGAAGCUUUCCUAGGGGAUUGGUAUCAGUGGCUGUACGGCGUAGCGACAAUACGAGCGAACUGGCCGGCGCCCCCGCCGCUGCCACCCACUUCUCCAUUCCCUCCCGACUCCCCCAGCCAGCCCCUUCCUCCCCCAUCUCCACCGUCCUCGCCUCCCUCGCCUUUCCCCCCUCCCACGCCGCCGUCCCCUCCACCCUCUCCGCCCUUGCCGCCACCGCCGCCGCCAC